AUGUAUUUGUUAGCCGAGCAAGCUGAUGACUGGUGGAUUAACACUCGUCAUGUGUUGGGUGCUACAACUGAAGUUGUAACUUGGGUUGUGUUCCGCAAGGAAUUUCUGAGAAAGUACUUUCUGGAGGAUGUUCUUGAGAAGAAAGAGAUUGAGUUUCUGGUGCUGAAGUGGGGUAACUUGUCGGUUACUGAGUAUGCUGCCAGAUUUGUGGAACUUUCUAAGCUUUACCCUCAUUACAGUGAGGCGAUUGAUGAGUUCUCAAAAUGUAUCAAAUUCGAGAAUGGUUUGCAUUCUGAAAUUAAGCAUGUGAUUGGAUACCAACAGAUCAGGAGGUUUCUAGAGUUGGUUAAUAGUUGUAGAAUUUAUAAGGAUGAUAGUAAGGCUUGGUCGGAUCACUACAAGGGGUUGAGCGAUAUAAGAGGAAAGCAAAAUCUGAACAUUGGGAAGCCAUAUAAUGCUCCAGUAUAUAAAGGUAAACAAAGAGUUAUUGAUGGUAAGAGGCCAAGUGGGGGAGGUGUUCUUACUCCUCUUAAGUGCUAUAGGUGCGAGAUUUGGGACAUCGUGUUAGUGAAUGCAAGAGUGAUGUGA